CGCCCCUACCCACGCGCAGCAGUCUCGAUGGAUCCUCCAAACCCGCCAACCAACCCUUUUUAUUUUUUUCUCUCUCUCUCUUGGGCAUGAUGUCAGCGCUCUGAACCCUCCUCAUCCGCCCCCGGGCCCUUCCUAGAAAGAAAGAAAGAGAAAAUAUAUACUACCCACCAACUCAACUCAGGCGCUCUGAACAACAGCAUAAAUCCCCACUUAACACCACACUAUCGCAUCUCAAUCCAUGGAUCUAGCAUGGGGCAUUGUAAUAUUCUGUCCUAUCCUCGAUGCCAAAUUCCACAUUCUCGAUUCCGCACAUACCCGUUCUAUCUAUCUAUCCAGCCGGGUGUGCGUAAUGGCUAUAUAAACACGCCCUUCCCAUCCGUACCUGGGCUUGUUUCUACUUCCUCAAGAUAUACAUAUUCGCACUUCCAUUUCCAAUCUCGCGUAUUAUACACAUACCUAUCGUCACUAUCCCACAUACCCAGCAGCACACAACCCAACUCCCAACAACACCAAACACCACUAUCCACCCUACCCACCAGCACACUAUCCCCCUACCACAACACCAUAUACCCGCUUCCCACAUACCCACCAGCACACUAUCCCCCUACCACAACACCAUAUACCCGCUUCCCACAUACCCACCAGCACAAACACACACCCAUACCCACCCGCAAAACAAACGAAAUGUGCAAUCCAGCCCUGCACAACGCCGUCCGCGCCGCGUACCCGGGUAUGCCCCCGCCUACCUGCCCGUACCACAGACGGCUUCUUGCCCGGCAGGAUGCUGCUGCGCGGGUAGCGAGGAGUGUGGAUGUGGGGUUUGGGGGUGGAGGGGGGGAGGGGUUGGAGGGGGAUGUAGAGGGUGAGGGGGAUUGUGAGGUAGAGGGGGAGGGGGAUGAGGAGGGGGAAGGGGAAGGGGACGAGGAGGGGGAUGAGGAUGAAGAGGGGGAUGAGGAUGAGGAGUCAGAGGGGGAUGAGGAAGAGGAAGAGGAGACGGAAGAGGAGACGGAAGAAGACCGAGACGCGCGUGUCGUGGCGUGGAUCCGCGCGUUUCGGCGCAGGUACACGGCUGCAAGGGUCAUUGUGGUGGUGGCUAGAGGGGCUGGCGGGUGUGAUGCUUGUGUGGCCAGCGAGCCGUCUGCUACGGCCCGGCUGUGCGAUUUGCACUUUGGCAUCUUGAUGGCUUUGGACAGGGCGGCGAGGUGGAAUCGGGGGAGGGGCGUGGGGAAGAGUGUGUGGGAGGAGGAGGAGGAGGAUGAGGGGGAGGAUGAGAGUGAGACGGAGGGGGAGACGGAGGGGGAGACGGAGGGCGAGAGCGAGGACGAAAGCUCGGAGGGGGUGACUAAGAGCGAGGACGAGAGCUCGGAGGAGGAGACCUCAGACGAGGAAGGAGAAGAGAGCUCCUCAGACGAGACCUCAGACGAGAGCUCGGAGGAAAGCUCGGAGGAAAGCUUAGGCCAAAGCUCAGAGAAAAGCUCGGAGGAAAGCUCCGAAGAGGACAGCGGCAGCGAGAGCGAGGUGGACAAAUAUCUACUAUCUAGUAUCAUAUAUAUAGAUUUAUCGCUAGAAUUUAGAGAGUAUCUAGUAUAUAGUUAUUACUAUUACGGAACUUAUAACAAUAAAUUACUUGAUGUAGACUUGGGAACUACAUCAAUUAGCAAUAGCUACCAGGCGACGCCCAUGGCGCCGACAGGCCACCCAUUCCCCCGGUACCUCAUAACGGGGACUUCACCGCAAGACAGCAAGCCACAAUUAUGGCUACUCAUUCAGCAAACUCUCGCCCAACAAGCGGAUAUGCCUCGAGAUAACGCACCGGACCUCGAUCGAGGUUUCGGGGAAGGGGACGUUAUUUUCGCCCGGCUCGGAUACGUACAUCUGUAA